GGGCCGGGCUGAGACCCACGGCGGCGCAGGCUAGGGCCAGGGCAGAGCAGAGGCAGCAGGGCAGCGCCCGGCUGUGCUGGGGCUGGUGGGAGCUGGACCCAGAGCUGCCACGGGCGGGUCAUGCGCUGCCCCAAGUGCCUUCUCUGCCUGUCAGCGCUGCUCACGCUCCUGGGCCUCAAGGUGUACAUCGAGUGGACCUCGGAGGCCGGGCUCAGCAGGGACUCCCCGGGCCCCAGGGGCACCCUGCCAGACGCCACCUCGGCCAGCCCCGAGCCCACCCUGCCUGCCAACCUCUCCGCCCGCUUGGGCCAGCCUGGCCCGCUGUCCCCAGCUUACUGGAACCAGCAGCAGUGGCGGCUGAGGGCCCUGCCCAGUGGGGACGGCGCUGAGGCCGGGGACUGCCAUGCUUGGGGGGCCGCCGCAGCUGCCCAGAUUCCCGACUUCGCUUCCUACCCGGAGGACCUCCGCCGCUUCCUGCUGUCCGCGGCCUGUCGGAGCUUCCCACGGUGGCUGCCUGAAGGCGGUGUCGGCCAUGUGGCCGGCUGCUCGGCCGAGGACGUCCCUUACCUGCUGCUGGCUGUCAAAUCGGAGCCAGGGCGCUUUGCGGAGCGCCAGGCCGUGAGGGAGACCUGGGGCAGCCCAGCGCCUGGCAUCCGGCUGCUCUUCCUGCUGGGGUCCCCGGCAGGACUGGGGGGGCCCGACCUAGGCUCGCUGGUCGCCUGGGAGAGCCAUCGCCACCGUGACCUGCUGCUCUGGGACUUCCUCGACGUCCCCUUCAACCGGACGCUCAAAGACUUGCUGCUGCUGGCCUGGCUGGACCGCCACUGCCCCGACGUGGCUUUUGUGCUGCAGGUUCAGGACGAUGCCUUCGUGCACAUCCCUGCCCUGCUGGGCCACCUGCGGGCCCUGCCGCCCUCCUGGGCCCGGGGCCUCUACCUGGGUGAGAUCUUUGCCCAGGCCAGGCCCCUCCGCAAGCCUGGAGGGCCCUUCUACGUGCCCAACUCCUUCUUCGAAGGCCACUACCCAGCCUACGCCAGCGGGGGCGGCUACGUCAUUGCAGGGCGCCUGGCCCCCUGGCUGCUGCGGGCGGCCGCCCGGGUGGCCCCCUUCCCCUUCGAUGACGUCUAUACCGGCCUCUGCUUCCGCGCCCUGGGCCUGGUGCCCCGGGCCCACCCAGGCUUCCACACUGCCUGGCCGGCCCAGCGCGCCUUGGGCCCCUGUCUGCUCCGCGACCUGCUGCUGGUGCAGCCCCUCAGCCCGCAGGACAGCAUCGGGCUCUGGAAGCAGCUGCACGACCCUCGGCUCCGGUGCUGAGCCCCCUCCUUCCAGGUCUGGGCGCGCACACGCCGCUAGAACUGGGACAGCAUGAGCUGCUUUGGGUCUUCCUGGCUGGCGGGCAGGGGCACCACCCGGCCCUCAUCUGUGGCUGAUAAAUACACGCUGCCCGCACAGGCUGGGCU